AUGGAGGAGCGAGAAACUUUCGGACUCAUGGGCCGUCUGCCGUCAAAUAUGCAGACCCUUGAAGAGCAAGUUGAGAGGGCAUAUGAACAAUUCCUAGCACGAGAGGGAGAUUUGGGGAAGAACACUUUCAUGACGGGGCUCAAGGAGCAGAACGAGGUGCUUUACUAUCGGCUUCUCCAAGACCACCUCAAAGAAAUGCUCCCCAUAAUUUACACCCCAACCGAAGGUACCGCCAUCCAAUCAUACUCCCGUAUCUUUCGCCGGCCCUCCGGCUGCUUCCUCACUAUCACCUCACCCUACGAAAUCGAAUCCUCCCUCUCGAACUUCGGCAACCCGCAGGACAUAGACUACAUUGUCGUAACGGACGGCGAGGAAAUUCUCGGUAUCGGCGACCAAGGCGUCGGCGGCAUUUUGAUAUCCGUGGCCAAGCUCGCCCUGACGACGUUGUGCGCUGGCAUCCAUCCAGAACGCACGCUUCCCGUCGUGCUGGAUUGUGGGACUGAUAAUAAGAAAUUGUUGGGUGAUGAGCUGUAUCUUGGGAUGAAGAGGCUAAGGGUUAGGGGGAAAGAGUAUGAUGCUUUUGUGGAUGCUUUCGUCAAAGCGACCGGGAUGCUUUUUCCGAGGGCGUAUCUGCAUUUUGAGGACUUUGGGGUAGGGAAUGCGAGGAGGAUACUGGAGAGGUAUAAAGGGGAGAGAGCCUGUUUCAAUGAUGAUGUGCAGGGGACGGGAUGUAUUGCGCUGGCGGGGAUUAUGGCUGGGCUGCAUAUUUGUGGGGUCGCGUUGGGGGAUGUAAGGAUAGUGGUGUUUGGAUCUGGGACAGCGGGAAUAGGCAUCGCGGAGCACAUUAGGGAUGCGAUUGCUGUGGAGAAGGGGAAGGGGAAGGAUGAGGCUGCGAAGCAGAUAUGGUGCGUCGACAAGCCAGGUCUCCUCCUCAAAUCGCAAGGAGAAAAUCUCACGACAGGCCAAGUGCAAUUCGCGCGGGAUGAUUCGGAGUGGCAAGACAAAGCUCACAAUGACUUGUUGCAGAUUGUGAAGGAUGUGAAGCCUCACGUACUGAUCGGGACUUCGACCAAGCCAAAGGCGUUCACACGAGAGAUCGUGCAGGAGAUGUCAAGGCACGUAGAUAGACCUAUCAUCUUCCCUUUGAGCAACCCCACGAGACUGCACGAAGCCAAUCCACAGGAUGUGUAUGAAUGGUCUGAAGGUAAGGCUUUGAUUGCUACUGGCAGCCCCUUCCCUCCUGUCGAGUAUCAGGGGCAGAGGUAUGAAGUCGCGGAGUGCAACAAUUCGACCGCCUUCCCUGGCAUUGGUCUCGGCACUGUGCUUUGCCGAGCGAAGCUUCUUUCUGACAAGAUGCUCGUGGCAGCCGUCAAGGCCAUAGCGGCGCAGUCGCCAGCUUUGAAAGAUCCAGAUAAGGGUCUUGUCCCGGACGUUGAGAACGUGAGGGAGGUCAGUGUGGCUGUCGCUAAAAUGGUAAUCAAACAAGCCGUACAGGAAGGCCUGGCGACGCAGGAGGGGAUUCCCGAGGACGACAGGCAAUUAGAGAAAUGGCUGCGGGCACAGAUGUGGGAGGCGAAGUAUCGCCCUCUGAAACGGAUCUAG